AUGCCACUGGGAAGAAUACCACAGUCGUCGUACUACGACAACAGAAACCGACCAACCGCAGCUCUUUACAGGGCACGCCAACCAUACCUCAUCAAGAAUGCAGCAACCGGGCUCGUAAUCUUUGGCUUCGUAGCCGCAGUCUACACCUGGACCAUUAAGGCCAUUGGACAAGACGAUUUCUCCGACAUCCCCAUGCCCGACGCCCCAGCUCAGCCUGCCCACGCACCCAACACAAGCACUGCAAAGAGCGCGGGAGGCACGCAAUGA